AGUUUUAAGACUUUGUAGAGAGAGAGAGAGAAACCAAUUUGGUGAAAUUGGUGUAUUUAUUAUUAUUUAAUGUGAAGAGCAAUGGUGUCCGAUCAAGAGAUAGCAAAAGGGAUUCAGAUUCUUCUCACCCAAUCUCACCCCAAAUCAUUCACUACUCUCGAUCAUGUUGUUAAUCAGCUUGGUGAAAAACUGGGUUUGAUUUCCUUUCAUUGUCUCAAGGCAGCUUUCAUUCGUGACCAAAUCAACCUACUCCUCUUCCACUCCCACUCCCACUCCCACUCCCAAUUCCGCAACCCUCCACCGCCGCCCCAACCCUCCGUUUCUUCACCGGUGACCACCUCUGGGAUACCUAAAGACCAAUUUUCCUUCCAACAUCAACAACCCCAAUUUUCCUUCCAACAUCAACAGCCUCAUGCGCCUCCUCCUCUUCGGCCUCAAUAUCACCAUUCUCAUUUUGCCUUUGAACAUCAAGAACAACGCCAGAGACACCCGGUUGAGCUUAACUUCGGUAACCCUGAGGCGCCGCGGCCUCCUCCAGAGCAGUCACGAGUGCAGACAUUACCGGAGGUGAAGUAUGAAGGUUUCCCCAUUCAAAAUGCGGUUUGGAAAUCGCCCGAAAAGAUCAAGAAAGGUCCUUCAGCCAACAAAAGAAGAGGUGGGCCAGGGGGGCUGAAUAAGCUCUGUGGUAUUUCACCUGAGCUACAAGUGAUUCUAGGCAAAUCAUCCUUAUCAAGAACCGAUAUUGUGAAGCAACUAUGGGCCUACAUAAAGAAAAACAACCUCCAAGAUCCUGGAAACAAGAGAAAGAUAAUUUGUGAUGAUGCUUUACGUGUUGUUUUUGAAACCGAUUCCACUGAUAUGUUUAAGAUGAAUAAGUUGCUUGCUAAACAUAUCAUCCCACUUGAACCUACAAAGGCAUCAUCUCGUAGGAAACCAACAGUGAAGGUUGAAAGUAGUGAUUUUGUUCCAUGUCAAGUUAUAAUUUCUGAAGCACUUGCAAAUUGUUUGAAUAUGCAAGAAAGACAAAUGUCUCAAUCAGAGGCUUUGAGACUUAUUUGGGAGUAUAUAAAGGUCAAUAAUCUUGAGGAUCCUGAAAAUCCUGUGAUGAUUAUAUGUGAUGCAAAGCUUAUGGAGAUUUUUGGAUGUGAAAGCAUUUCUGCAAUGGAAAUACCCGAAUUGUUGAUCAAACAACAUUUACUAAUCCAAUGAUGACUGAUGGGUAUUUUGGUCUUUUCUUAUCUGAUUUAUAACCCCUUUGUAAAAAAUGUCUAACCUUGACAACAAUUUUCAUGGUUUGCAACGACUUUUAACUACUUUUCAUUCUCUACAAGUGUUAUACUUGUUGCUAUUAUGUCUAAACUAAUUCAUGUAUGU